GGCGGCGUAUGCACGACUUGUCGACUUCACCUCUCACUCUUGACUUUUACUCUAAACUUAAGCUUCUCCGAGCGGCGGCAGAAUCUUGCCGCAGAGGCUGUUUUCAAUACGAAGAGAGAGAACUGUGAGAGAUUUAAAAAAAUCUGAAAAUGGAGAAUCGAGAAGAUCUAAACUCGAUUCUUCCGUACCUUCCGCUUGUGAUUCGUUCGUCGUCGCUGUAUUGGCCGCCGCGCGUGGUGGAGGCGCUAAAGGCCAUGUCUGAAGGACCGUCUCACAGCCGAGUUGACUCGGGAGAGGUUCUGUGGCAAGCUAUUUCCGAUAUGAGGCGAUCCCUUUCUCUAUCAACUAGCCUUCUCGCGCCCUCUGCUUCUCAAGGCUACGCCUUUCUCUUCGACGAACUGAUUCGUGAGAAAGAAUCAAAGACGUGGUUCGAUGAGAUUAUCCCGGCAAUGGCGGGGUUACUCCUUCGGUUUCCAUCUCUAUUAGAAGUUCACUUCCAAAAUGCUGAUGAUGUCGUUAGUGGAAUCAAAACAGGUCUCCGCUUGUUAGAUCCUCAACAAGCUGGCAUAGUUUUCCUCAGCCAGGAGUUGAUUGGAGCUCUUCUCGCCUGCGCUUUCUUUUGUUUGUUUCCAGUUGAUAAUAGAGGUGCAAAAGACCUUCCAGUCAUCAACUUUGAUAAUUUGUUUGCGACCCUUUAUGAAAGUUAUAGUGAAAGUCAUGAAAGCAAGAUAAGGUGUAUUAUGCAUUACUUCGAGAGGGUGUGCUCCUGUUUACCUACGGGAACCGUUUCAUUUGAACGCAAGAUUCUUCCACCUGAAUCCCACAGUUCUUCUAUCACUGCUCCUGAGGCUGAUUUUUGGAGCAAGUCUGACGUUGCACUUUGUGCUUUUAAGGUUCACUCUUCAGGGUUAAUAGAAGAUCAACCUCAUAAUGCUUUAGAAGUUGACUUUGCGAACAAGUAUCUCGGAGGUGGUGCCCUAAAUAGGGGGUGCGUACAGGAGGAGAUACGAUUCAUGAUCAACCCUGAAUUAAUCGCUGGCAUGCUUUUCUUGCCUCGUAUGGAUGACAAUGAAGCUAUAGAAAUAGUUGGUGCAGAGAGAUUUUCUUGUUACACAGGGGAAAUUAACAAGGCUCUAUGUGGCUUUUUAAAUCAUAGAAAAUCUUGGCAGCACCAGAAUAUAUCCAUAGACAAAGGAGAUAAUGAAAUUCAGGUCGACAAAGAAUCUGGUCUUUUGCAUACAGACACUACUAUGUCACACCGAGCUCCAUUAAAUGAUGUCGAGACAAACAGAGAAAAGCAUGCUAGCAAUUUUGACAGAGACUUUUAUGUGGAAGGAGCUGAUUGCAUGGAUCAUGAAGAUGAUGGUGUCGCCACUGGGAAUUGGGGAUGUGGUGUUUUUGGUGGAGACCCAGAGCUAAAGGCUAUGAUCCAAUGGCUUGCUGCUUCCCAGGCACGGAGACCAUUUAUAUCAUACUACACAUUUGGAGUGAAGGCCCUCGAAAAUAUAGAUCAGAAUCUGACGUUUACUAAGAGUUCGAUCUGUAGUAAGCGGAAUAGAGUAUCCGGUGCGUUGAAAUUAAGAAAGGCAAUACGGAUGGAGAAGAGGGCAGAUGUUAGGUCUUUUCUUCAGUAUCUGCCUCUUGUGGCUCAGUCUUCAUCUCUAGUCUGGCCACCUUCUGUUGAACAAGAGCUCCAAACAAUGUCUAGGGGACCGAACAAGUCAAUGGUCAACUCUGGAGUGGCUCUUGCUUCGCAUAUCAUGAAUAUGCGCAAAUCCCUCUCCUUGGAUGCAUCUGAUCUCGCACCUAAUCCAUUACGAGGUUAUGCUAUUUUCUUUGACAAGAAAAUUUCGAGAGAAGAAUCAGCUAAGUUUUUUGGUGAGGUAGUUCCUGCUCUGUGUGGAUUACUUAUCAAGUUACCUUCACUGUUAGAAACGCAUUAUCAGAAGGCAGACCAUGUUCUUGGUGGAGCCACUUCUAGGCUUCGUCUAUUAGGCCCUCAAGAAGCUGGCAUUGUGUUUCUUAGCCAGGAGUUGAUUGCAGCUCUUCUUGCGUGUUCCUUCUUUUGUUUGUUCCCUGAAGUUAACAGACGCUUAAAGCAUCUUCAAAGAAUAAACUUUGAUGAUCUGUUCUCGUUUCCAUAUAUGGGUCACUGCACGAAGCAGGAAAACAAAAUAAGAUGCCUUAUCCAUUACUUUGAAAGAAUAUGUCGAUGUAUGCCCACAGGCUUUGUUUCUUUCGAGAGGAAAGUUCUGCCUCAACACUACAAUCCUCACUAUGUUUCUUGUCCUGAGGUUGAUUAUUGGGCCACAUCCAGCACCCCGCUUUGCACCGUUGAGAUUCAUACCUCGGGAGCUAUAGAAGAUCAAACCGGUGAAGCUCUUGAAGUGGAUUUUGCAGAUGAGUACUUUGGAGGCCUCACUCUGAGUUAUGAUACUCUACAGGAAGAAAUAAGGUUUGUGAUCAAUCCUGAGCUUAUCGCUGGGAUGAUCUUCUUGCCUCGUAUGGAUGCAAAUGAAGCAAUUGAGAUUGUUGGUGUUGAAAGAUUCUCACGUUACACAGGGUAUGGACCUUCGUUUCAAUACGCUGGCGAUUACACAGACAAGAAAGACUUGGACGCUUUAAGGAGGCGCAAAACGAGAGUCAUAGCUAUAGAUGCCAUUCCUAACCCAGGAAGUACACAGUACAAACCUGAUGCCCUUCUUCGAGAGGUUAACAAGGCUUUUAGCGGAUACCUGCAUCAAUGUAAAUAUCAAAUUGAUGGACCAGAGACUAAGUAUACUCACCCUGAGGCAUCAUCCUCGGUAAGAAUAUCAUCAGCCACGGCUAGGCAAGUUGUAGAAAGCUCUCAAAGAUUGUGUAUCGAUCAUGAAGAGAAGAUUGGUGUAGCUACAGGGAAUUGGGGAUGCGGUGUGUUUGGAGGCGAUCCAGAACUAAAGAUCAUGCUUCAGUGGCUCGCCAUUUCACAGGCGAGAAGACCCUUCAUGUCGUACUACACCUUUGGCCUCCAAGCCCUUCGAAAUGUCAAUCAGGUGAUGGAAAAGGUCGCUUCACAAAAGUUGACAGUAGGAGACCUCUGGAGUAAGCUAGUGGAGUAUUCUUCAGAGAGGCUCAGCAGAAGGACAAGGCUUGGCUUCUUCUCGUGGCUCACGUAACUUCUGUCUGUUUCUGACAUCUGAAGUUGUUUUUAUCUUCACAUGUUCUCUUUACCGCUUUUGAAUUUGUCUUAACUUAUGUUUUCCUUAUCUAAUUGGUCUGCUUAAAGCAGUUUUAUGUGUGUGUUAAGACAUAAUCAAACCAGUUUCUGUGUGUUCGCACGAGGAUCUAUUAUGUGUAUGAAAUAAAGGCAGCUGGAAAUAAAACUUGCCAAAAAC